UAAUAAAUUGUUUAACUAACUUAUAGAAAGAGACUUUUACGUUUAAAUUCUUGCUCGUUUGAAUAUGGCAUGUGUCCUUUUGAGUUGUCACGUUUCUCAGAGUUUGUUCAUCCUCGUCUAUAUUCGAUCGUACAGAACGGUACAGAAGCUUCUCUCUUCUAAUUUGACAUUUAUCUGCCACUGGUUAAAUUAUGGUGGAAGCUCCUCGGCAUCUGAUAUGGGAUGACGUUCAAAAGGGCAUCAAGGUCAAACAGACAACUUGUCAAGUCAAACGAGUGAUGUGUUAACUGUCAGGGUGAUUGAGUUUUUUUUUUCUAAACGAACGUGUUCCUAUUUUGUUAUUUUCUAUUCUUAUUUGGAAUGUUUAACUGGAAGGCAAGCGUCUGUGCGUCUCUAAAGAUCCUGUCACACGCAUUCCUAAUGCAUCCGCCAUGCUAUCCCUGCAUUUGUUUCCCGAAUAACACAGUAUACAUGAUUCCUUUCUAAUGGUCAAUCACACACAGUCAACAGGACGUAUGCAUUUUUCAGUGGUGUAUUUAGUGCCUUUUUAGUGGAAUAAAACGUAAAUCGUCAUGAAAACAUCGGUGUUGCUUUUUCGCCAUGGUGUGGAUGACGCAGUCUCAAAUGCAAACAUCAAUGCGUCGGCCGCAGUUCAAUAUGACCGACGACGAAUUCAAUUGGUACAAGUCGGUUCCAGUUAUCCUGAAACCAGCGUCGAAACGAGAUUUGCAACAGCGGUUGCUUCAGGUUAACGUCGGUGAAUUCCUGUUAGCGUCUUAUCCGCCAUCUCUACUUCCACCUUGGCCGUUUGUCCAAGAUUAUUCGGCUUUCCGCCGCUGGAUUAAUUACCAAUCGAGUGACAGAUUAAGGGAUGUGUACAGAAGAUACGAGUUAUUAGCUGGCCAUGUCGAGCGUAGGUUAACAUCUCUGGCCAGGAUGGGACUCGUUGCCAUUCCGAAGGUGACGAAAAUUAAUCGCCAAAGAAGUGGAAAUAACCGAAAUCAGGAACAACAGAUGCCAGAACAAAGGAAAAAGGGUAAAGACAAACUGCCACCUCCGUGGUUGUAUGAACUCGUCGGACCUCCUGGACCAGCUGGAAAAGACGGUGUCAAUGGUAUUCAUGGAAUUAACGGUGUCGAUGGGAAGGAUGGUAGAGACGGAAUCCCCGGAGCAAUUGGUCAGCCCGGACCCCAAGGCCUUAUGGGUCCUCCGGGGCAAAAUGGUAUGAACGGCUCACCGGGCCCUCAAGGUCCUCCCGGAAUACCUGGUGCUCAAGGAGUUCAAGGGUCGCAAGGCCCACAAGGGAGCGACGGAAAGGAUGGUUCCGAUGGAACGAACGGGAAGGAUGGGACUCCUAGCGCUGCUGGGCCUUCCGGUACACCAGGACAGAAUGCAAAAGACGGAAGAGAUGGAUCAGCUGGACCACCCGGCGCACCAGGUCAACCAGGAACUGCCGGACAAAAUGGGAAGGAUGGAGUUGACGGGAAAGAUGGUCAAGACGGAGCUCCGGGUCCACCUGGUCCUCCUGGAAAAGACGGCCAAGAUGGAAGGCCCGGAACGUAUGGCCAAGAUGAUCAAGAUGGAUCGGUAGGAGCAGCCGGGCCUAGCGGAGUAGCUGGAUUAUCAGGUGCCACUGGCGUUAGCGGGCCAGUCGGAGUACCAGGAAUUCCCGGAACGCCAGGGACCCCUGGUGUUCAGUGGCCAUCAAGUUCAAUCGGCUAACGGACGAUUUUAUAUACAUUUGCUAAUUUAUACGACAUAGAAUUCAAUUUUGCUUAAAGUAUAAAAUAGCCAAAUACUCUGCUGGCACUAUAAUACAGUCUUAUGUAAUAUCUUGA